AUGAAUCCGAAAGAAGUGGUGUACAUUUCCAAUAUUCCCAAGCAAGCUACUUUGGCAGAUUUGCAUGGAUUUCUUAAAUCAUCGGGUAACAUCGUCGGGGCGGCGUUCAUGCGGGAAAACCGCAACGAUUGCCGUACGAAAAUUGCAUUUGUUUUGUUUGAAAAUGAGCGUCAAGCCUUGGAGGCCUGCAACCUAGAUCAAACGCUAUUCCAAGCGCACCGCUUGAGCGUUCUUCUAUCCAACGAUGACCGGAAGUUCCUGGCUGGGUAUACCAUCAUGAUAGAGAAUACUUCUUCCGAUACAAGCGAAGAGGAUCUUUUCGAAGCAUGUUGCAAGUACGGGAGUGUCGAAGCCGUCCAAAUACCAACCAAUUACUAUGCGUUUGUUGGUUUUGCUGAACGAUCCGCCGCACGGGCCGCACAGCAAAAGUUGGACAAUGGUCUGCUGAAAAAUAAUAGGGUGCAAGUGAAGGUGCUCAACGAAGAUGUUCAAGUCCGGCUGGAAGACCUGGACAACUUUAAAACGCCUCGCGUUUACAAUGAGCUGCUGCGAGCUAGACAGCAAUAUUACAAUAAUCAACCUAUGCAGCAGCGAAGUCAACACUCGGCACCUGCUAACAUCCCUACGGUGGAUGUCGAUCAAGAGGACCACUAUUUUGAUAACAGUGAGAUGGAUGGUGAAGGGUUUCAUAAUUUCGCUAACGAUUCCAAUGAGUUUCAACCUAUAAUGGAUAAUGCAUCCGCUUUUGAGGAAAAUAAUGCCUUUCAAGUAUAUCGGCGCGAUGUUAAAUUUGGAAAGCAAAGAUUCACACCGGCGAAUAAAACAUCAGUUAAAGUAGAGAACGUUCCUCGCGACGUCUAUGAUGAAGAUGUUGUCAUCUACUUCCAACAGUUUGGAUCCAUCGUUAGCAUGGAGAGAGGAAUUUGUAUGAGUUCGAUAUUCACUAAAGUGUACACCAUCACGUAUCAGGAUGAGGAAUCGCAACGCCGUGCGAUAAAUUGCUUUCGCCGGCAGGUGACACUGUCCGGUGUUACAUGCAUGAUCUAUACGAUGAAGCCAGGAGAGGCGCUUCAUCCGGUCAGAUCUAAAUCUGUAUUGGUCAGCUACCUAUCGAUCCAUGUCCUGUAUGACGAAAUAAUCGAAGCUUUUGCAAAUAUUGGGGAUGUGCUGUAUGUUGAGAAGCGAGUGCGCAAUAAUGGCCCAACCAUUGUGCACUUCUGCCACCCCAUUAGCAUUAAUGAGGCGUGUCGGAUAACCAAUAUCGCCGGCAAUGUGGUCUAUGUGGUUCCAUGCAGCCAGAAGGAGUUCCUAAAGUUUGAGGCCAACAUUGCGGCAUUUAAGAAAGCAGUAAAGGGUAACUUUAAAGGAACGCCGAAAUGUACCUAUUUGGCGGAAAUCGAAGCUAAAGAGGAGCAAGAAAAAAUCGAAAACAUCAUGUACAAAACGGUUCACGAUCCGCACUAUCGCAAUCCCAAUCCAAGGAAGUACGCAUUUGAAGUGGUACUGUAUAACUGCCCCAAAGGUACCACGAUUGAACAUGUGAAGAACUAUUUCAAGCGGGCGGCGGAAGUCCUCACAGUGCGACAGGAACCCAGUCCAUUCGAUCCUAAUUCGUGUAAAGUUUACGUUAGCUUCGGAAACUAUCUGGACGCUUACCGUGCAGUGCGUCUCAAGGGAAAGCUCGAUGGCGAGUUCGUGUACAAGCACAUCGCUGCCGAGAGUCCCAAACUGGAUUGCUCCGAGGCGGUAAGGAUUGUAGUGCACACGGGUAAGUAUCAGUUCCAUUUGCGGUGCGAUGGUGCCGUCUUUUUUCAGUGUCCAGCUUAUAUUGUCCAUGUUCGUUUCGAUUUGCUAUUAACUGUUUCUAUUUAUAUCUAUCCAUUAAUAGAGGAUAACAUAAGCAUAUCGCGUUUGACACGCGGUUUCUCCAACAUUGGAGGUUUGUAUUUUGCCGACAAAAUCGGCAGAAAUGAAUUCGUCGUCAUCUUCCGCGAUGUCAAGUAUGCAAAAAAAGCUUGUGCUAUCAAAAAAUUCGGUAGCAUUCGGAUGGAGGUUUGCUGCAUGAGGGAAUUUCUUCGAAAUAGAGAAGAAGUGAACAAAAUAAUGGGAACGAAUGCGGAGAGCAAUCUACCCGGGACAGAGCAUGACGAUGAUGCUAAAAAUCAAAGACCGUUUGUGCUACUUUCGGAUAUUCUGGCAGCAAACAUACGCAACGAACCUCCACCCGUACCGGAACCUCCAAUCGUACAAUUAAUCAAAGCAGAGACGAAACAGGAAAAACCACAAAUCAAACAAGAGGAACCACCAGUUAUUCGUAUAAAGCAGGAAAAACCCGACUCACCGGAAGUUUCUAGACCCGAAACGAAUUCCACCAACAUGGUACCAUCUGCGAGCACUGAAACUAUACCAUCCCAACCACAAAAUCAUCCAGGACCAAACAAAUCGCCAGACCUUCGACAUUUUCUCGCCGAGAGGCGAAAGCCGGAUUGCAAUGAAAAGCUCAACGACCUGGAGGAGAUGGAGCGCAUUAUCAAGCAAAAGGAAAUGGAUAUCAAGCGCCGCCUGGAGCAGUUGGAACGGGACGAAGCGAAUGUAACGGCAUUACUUCCGUCGACCAGCCGAUCGGCACAGCCAGCAGACGAAAGCUCUAAUGAUGCUGGAGCCCAACGUAACAGAGGUUCCCAGCGCAAUUCAUCACCCUCCGAACGGAGCUCGAGUGCCUCAACAAACCAGCGAAGUUCCGCCCGCACUGCCGGCGGUGGCGGCGGGGACACCUCCAGUCGUCUAAUGGUGACGGAGAAGAAUCGUUCCAUCUCUCCGUCGGACCGUUUAGCGCACGAGCGGUACGUACAAAUACGCGAGGAAAAAAUUGCUAUCUCGCAAGAGCUAAACUCGCUGCGCCAGCGGUUCGACUAUCGCAAAAGCUCCCGAGUAGAAGCACUUCAGGACCUGCUGGCCGGACUCGAUAAAGAACAGAGGGACAUCCAGAUUCAACUAGAGGCAAAGCGACGCUUUCAGCUCCAUGGUGAAUACAGCUUUGGUGGAACAUCUUUCGACCAAUCACCGGUGGGAAGACGACACUCAAAGAGCAGAUCAUAUUCUAGGUCUCGUUCCCCAUACCGUUCGCAUUCUAGGUCACGCUCACGCCAUCGUACGCGCUCUCCUUCAAGGUCACGAUCGCGAUCAAGCCAAAGAUCCCAACCGUCUCGUAGAUCACGCGUAUCUCGUUCACCUGGCUCGUCGUACCGCCCAUCGUAUCGUACCACAAGGCCCCGGACAAGAUCCCGAUCCAGGAGCAGAAGUACACGUUCUAUUUCACCCCAGCAUCGGGGGGCGUCCCUGGAACGGGAUAUGUACAAUAUCGGUCGUUACCAUACGAGGCAUGGCAAGUUCAGUGUUUACGUUGGAAACAUCAGCUAUAAGGUGAAGAGCCGUGAAAUAGAGAAGAAGUUCAAGCGCUACGGUAAACUAGAAGAUAUUGACCUCUCGUGCAGAGCUCGAUGGGGAGAGAUUUACUUUGAUUACGCAAACAAGGAGGAUGCGUUUUCGGCGCUUGAAAUGAACAAUGUCUUGCUGGGAGAUCGUCGGCUACGCGUUGCAUUCAACAUAGAUAAACCAGCUAACAGAGAACAAUAUUCUCUGUUCUUUCGUAUCAGAGAGUCGACAACCGAACAGAUUCUUUACCAGACAUAUGAACCGUUCGGUGAAAUUGAUUUUAUAUGGUACCCGGAAAAGGCCAUGUUCGGCACCAUUACUUUCCGGCGCCCCGAAGCUGCUAAAGAUGCACUUGCAGUACGGGAUCUAAUCGAUGGAGUGCCAAUAACUACAAGACCGUUUAUAGAUAAAGUUAAACGAGGCGAGUAAGUCGCGCGGAUCGGUCUCAACAGUGUGCAUGAAAUCAAACUGUUAAAAGAUGAAAACAAUUUAGAUAAAGCUUCAAACGGAAAACCUUAGCAUAUAUUACAACAAAAAUAGCGUUAGUGAAAGAUAACGUUCUCAUUAAGUACAAUGAAACCGUCGAAGGAAAUAAAAUAACAUUUCCCAUCAUGGUGUGGGGAAUUUUGAUAUAUGUUUUAUCUGGCAUAAACCUGCCCCGCUUCCGUACGGCUUUCUGAAGACUGUCAUCGGAAAAACAAGCACAUCAAGACACGGCUGAAACAGAAUUAAUGUUAUGUAAAUCAUAAAGAAUCCUCGAGAAGGAAUCAGAAAUGCAAACAAUCGCCACCCAUCUAAACUUAUCCGUAUAUAACUGCAAGAGCAAUUGCACGCAAUCGAAAGUUAAAGCUACGGUCAACUACCCAAUCAAUACAAACUACUGAAACUCUCAAUGGUAGUUUAUCCACAUUAGGGCAUUUAAACAUUAUUACAUUCAAAAACUGAAUGCCGAAUGGAAUGUGCUGUGGUUUCUCACAGAAAAACAUUUCUUUUUUUCUUUUUUUAUGUAUUAUUUUGAAGACCGAAAAUUAUGAUGCUGUU